AUGGUCAAGAAGGGCUCGGUCCCAGACGCGUGGGAGGAUGACGACUGGGAAGCCCGAGCAGACAAGGCCGCCGCCGAGCCCCCAGCUCCCGCCCCGGCUCCCGAGACCCUCAGCAAGAAGGAGAGGCUCGCCCAGCAUGCCGAGCUGAACCGCAAGAUAUGGGAGUCCGCCCAAGAGCCGGACAACGGCGUACCCCUCCAGUUCCUCACCCACUCUCCCGCCCCGCCGCUGGCCCAGCCCUUCAAAGCGCCGAUGCAGGUCCUGUCGCGGAAACCCAUGAUCGCCAGGCGCGGCGGCGGCGCGGCGGGGGGCAUGGCCGGCCUGAGCAUCCGGGACGACAGCGACGACGAGCAGGACACGAAGCCCCCGGAGACGCCCGAGGAGAUCCGCGCACGGCAGCAGCGCGAGCGCGAGGAGAAGCAGAGGCGGUACGACGAGGCCCGGGCCAAGAUCUUCGGCGCCAGCAACACCAACCCCGGGGCCGGCACCGGCGGCGGCGGCAGGGGCAACAGCGGGCGCAGCUCGGGCGCCAGCACGCCCGGCGCGGUAACGCCUCCCAGGUCCGGCAGCGAGCGGCGGGGCAGGGGCCGGGGCCGGGGCGCGCACCGAGGCCACAACAACGACCGCGGCGGCUCGGGGGACUACCAGAGAUCCAAGGAUGCCAGCCAGUUCGGGGGAGUCAGCCUGCGCGAGGAGGGGCGCCAGGGGAGCCACGGGCGGGAGCUGUUCGACCCCAGCUACGCGCCCAAGCCGGGCUUCGCGCUCGACAAGAAAGGGUCGACGCCGGGGUCGGGCAGAUCGACCCCGCGGGACGACGAGCAGGCCUUCCGCGCGCCUCGUGGUCCGGACGGCGGGGGGCGGGGCGGCUUCGGGUUCGCGAGGCGCGGCGCGUGA